AGUUGACGGUAAUUUUUAAAUACAAUUAUACUACCUUGUAGGUACUAUUAUAUUUUACGUUACAAAAUGAUAAGAAAUUUUGAUGUUAAUACCGUACUUUAGUUUAAAAUUUAUACCAGUACGAAUACUUAUGGAGACCUUGGAUAAUCAAUAUUAAUAUGUAUACAUACUGCCAAUAUUUUAGGAUUCUCAAUAUUUAUUGAUGAUACAUAAAUAAUGAUAAUAUAAUAUUGACAAUAUAUAUUGAAAAUCCUGAAAUGUUGACGGUAUAUAUUGGUCAUACGAGGUCUGAAUUAAUCAUAUUAUUUUUCCAGUAAGAAGGAACGAAAUUUCAAUUGUAAACAGCGAGUGGUAGGGAGUGUCACGUGGUUUUCAACGACAGCAAUAUGAUGGCGGUCAGCUUAGGCUAGUCAAUAACGAUCAGUAUUGGUCGGAAAUUUUGACAUUAGCAUCAAUGUUACAACAUUGUUUAGUGAAACGAGUCGAAUUUUGUCUUGUAAACGUAUACUGAUUUGGUGUUUCAGUGCAAUCGUCCGAUAAAAAGAUAUGACUUUAGAUGGAAUUCAUAAAAAUUGAAUCAUAUUUGUAUCAUGUAAAUUUAAUGGAGAACGAAAUCACAUGAGAUUGUUCAGCUUUGUGAUGAUAGGUGAUAUCUUUGCCAGUCAAGAGUAUGGAAUAAAAGAAAAUGUUCGUAAAAGACCCCUGUGGCAUCGUGUGUAUUAUAGUUACGUACAUCGCUGUCUUUUAUGCAGAUUAUGUCGUCGUACGCUGGGUUAUCUUGCAUAGUUUACAAGACAGUUUAUGGGGUCCCUUUCAUGUAGUGGCUUUCAAUAUUGUAGUAUUAUUAUUGAUAAUGUCACAUUUGAAGGCGGUCUGCAGUGAUCCUGGUGUUGUGCCACUACCGCAAAGUCGAAUGGAUUUUUCUGAUAUUUAUACAGAUAAUCCAGAAGCAAAACUUGAAUGUGAUGAGAGAGAUAAUUGGACUGUUUGUACUGGAUGCGAAACCUAUAGGCCACCUAAAGCACAUCAUUGUAGAAUUUGUAAAAGAUGUGUUAGGAGGAUGGAUCAUCAUUGUCCAUGCUUACACUGUGUUAUAUUGGUUUUGGAAUCAGCACUAUUUGGCAUGUUUGUCAUCGCAAUACUGGUAGACCAAUUUCAAGGUAUCCUGGGAGAAGAAAACACAGUGGAACGCAUGCAAAAUAACCACCAUUAUAAAAGAAACAGUUCGCGUACUUUGAUAUUACUUUCUCAAGUUUUUGGUAAAAGCCAUCCAAUGCUGUGGAUGCUACCUUGCCAAAAUACUCCACGUUAUACUUUUAGAAAAGAUGCAUACUUAAUUGAUCAUGAAGUCUAAGUGCAUAAAUUAUUAUACACUAUUAUAUUUUGAGAAGCAAUUACUUCUUUUAUCAUAAAAGAUUAAAAUAUUAUUUUGUGGUGUAAGGUUUUGGAAAGCAGGAGAUUUAUACAUGUAAUAAUUAUUAUUAAAAAUAUUAACACUAGAACAAUCAAUAUUAAAUGUACACUUACUUUGAAAUUAAAAGUAAAUUGGAAAAACAGAAAAUGGUUUGAUUGCUCUAGUGUUAAAUUUUCUUAUUUAAAACUAGACAAUUUCCAGCAUUUUAUUGCUAAUUUUUUUAUAAAACCAUAUUUUUCUUAAAAAUAACAUUGUAUAAAAUUAUUUAAGUACAAAAAGAAGAAUGAUGUAAGAAAAAUUAUCUUAAAGUGCAAAUCGAUAUGUUAUUACCAUUCAAUUUUAUCUUUUUGUUAUAAUAUACGAUAUUCUUAUAACGCAAGAUAAAAAAUUAACACGUCGUUUGUUACUUGAUAAAUCAUUCCAUAAGAUUAAGUACUCUCAGUUUAAAUGUGCUUUUGAACUUAAUGCUCAUAUAAUUAAACCAAGUAUUAGCAAUUAUAUCGAAUAUAAUAUCGUACGAAUAUUUAAUUAAAUUUUAGUAAUGCUUGUAAGAAUGUGCAUGUACUAACAAAUUAUUGAAUAUAUCUUCCAUAAAAUUCCGUAAUGUUCAAAACACUUGACAAAUUUUAGUGUGUAGAUUUGAAUACUAGUCGUAAAUAACUUUCAAAGAUAUUGAACAGGUUUAUUUGUAUUAAAAUUAUGUAAACGAAAGUUGUAGAUAUUAUGUUGUUAUUAUGUUAUAUAUGUAUAUUGUGUUAACUUUUUGCAUUAUUUAU